UGUCAGUUUGCGAGAGCCUGCGCAUGCGCUGGGGGUGCUCACUGUUGACGUGACGCGUUCAUGUUCGGCUCUUGUUGAUAUUUGUGCACAUAUCACGCCAGUUUUGAGACCCAAGAUGCAGUUGAGGGACCGAAAUUGACAACAGUUGCAUCCGUCUCGAAGUUGGAGUCAGUUUUGUUGUAAUGAACCUCGGAUCGAAAGGCAAAAAACGGGUGGUGCUGCCCACCCGCCCCGAACCCCCCAGUGUGGAUCAGAUCCUGGAGGACAUCAGCAGAGCAGCUCCAAAUGACCCAGUCUUCAGCAUCUUGGAGAAAACUGGAGAAGAUCCGACCCUGCCUGCAGACAGCGAGGUGGAGUUCAGGUUCCAGCAGUGCCGGCAGUAUCUGAAGCUCAAUGAGAGCCUGAAACAUGCUCAGGGUCAGCUCCAGACGCAGAGGGGGGAGCUGCAGGCGGCAGGGGAGCGGCUGGACAGCAAGGUGGCUGAGGUCAAAGGCCAAGUUCUAUAAUCCCGAACUGAAUACUGAACUGUUACUGCGGUGCCAACAAGCUGAAAAUGAGUGGUUUGGAAUGGGAAAGUCAUUAUCAGUUCAAGAAAUGAAUCAAUCUUGAAGAGUAACUGGAAAAAGGGAAAUGUUCCUUAGGCUGAAUCGCGACUUUCUGCAUCCCUUCUCCAGUCGCAGAGGAAUUCAGCUGUGUCAGUGUGUACUUGUUUGGGCUGCUAUAUUCAUAAAGCUGAUAUGAGCUUUUUUUUUUUGUUUUUUUAAUAUAUUAACCCAGGUUCUCAACAAUUGUUUUCAAGUGAAUGUACAGAAGGUUUAGGGUUUUCAUUUCUGUUUUAUUUAAUCUACUUGUAGUAAUUUUUCUGAACACAAGAAAACAGAAUCUACUUUUUGAUUUUUAAUGCUAUCGUGUUAAAACAGAGACAAGAAAUAAAAAUGGAACUAAUUAA